AUGCCUGUCAGCCGGCCUCGGCCAAGCACAGUGCCUGAAGAAGAAUCAGCUGCUGAUGUGAUUGAUGAUGUGCCACCCAUGCCGGUCAGCAGACCCAACCCGGCCACUAGUUCAAGCAAUGAUCGGCCAGAGCAGGAAGGGAAGGCAGAUGUCGAAGAGAGCCUUGACAAUGGCACUGCAGAGCCAAGUGACUUGAGUGACGAAAAUGAGAGAGAGACUUUUCGUCCUGAGUUUUGGGACCCUAUCAGGGCCACCUUUGCGAAGAAGCAGCGCGCCCUGGCUCGCCAGCAG